GAAAUGUACAUAGUAUUAUCGUCGCCAAUGCAUACGGUUAUUCGGAGAUUUAUGUGCUUAUAACAUAUUUGUGUUUUUCAAUUCCUUUCCAAAAUAUGGAACUACCGACGGUUCUACUAUCGACUACACUGAGUCACUGGAUCAUCAAAACAAUAAAAUUGAGUAUCUGCGAAUAUUUUUAGAUAAGAUACAAUUAAUGUUUAUCAGUUUACCAUAAGGAUCGGGAAACAGUGUACUGAAAGAUGGCUAAAAAUCUAAAUUGGUGCGAUCAUUUGCUCAAGUUAUAAAAAUGCUUUAAAACAAAUUAAUUUGUGUGGUCGCUUGCGGUUCAUAUGAUUAUUUCGCGUCCAUCAACAAUUUGAUAAGUACAUCCGGCCCUAAAAGGUUUACUAAGCCGAACAGAUGCACUUUAGUGAAAUAUGGCAGUGUAUCCAAGUUGUUUCCGACAUCUAAUUUUGCUGUGUACAGUGGUUUUCGUUAUUUGCUCGCAACAGUCUAUUUCAACAGUUUCUGAUGCUGACGUAAUCACUACAGUUGGGAGUGUAAAGCCAGUUAGUGAACCAAUUACCGAAGAAAAUAUCACAGCAGGUACGUCGUCCACUAAUGAGACUACCACUGAAACUGCUAUAACUACAACAACCGCAGAAACAUGUGGAGAUACAAGCAUUAUAAUUAUUUCCGAAACAGCGUUUCCAACAGAAAUUCGUUUAUCCAUUAACAUAACCACUACAGACAAUGGAACGUUUUGUCCAUUUACGCUGUUAGUUAAUUGUACCACAAUUAAUGAUUGGUCUUGGAUUAUUUCAAAAAGCGCAAAUUUUGAAUUCCGUUUGGAAGAACCGAUUUCUACAGUAAUUCUUGAUCAUUUAGCCAAGUUUACCAAUUAUACAUGCGAGUUUCAACAGGCGGGACAACUUUUGUUAUUUACAAGUUUCACAACAAGUGAAGAUGUGCCAUCCACACCUGAAAAUGUAACUGUUAGUGCGAUUACGCCCACCAGUUUCAAUCUUUCGUGGACCGAACCGAUUGAAGUGCCAACCGUUCUAUUCGGCUAUAAUAUAACAAUACAAAGAGGCGAUGUUUCUAGCAGCAAUCACUUUUGGAGCGAUUGUUUCAACGGAACUCAAUUAUUUGAAAUCUACAUAAACAGUUCCGCAGAGUCGUUGUCCUAUAAUUUUCAAAAUGCUUCAGCUGAUUUUAGUUAUGAUGUAUCGAUAUCAGCUUGGUCCAGAAUUGGAAACGGAAAUUCGACAAAUAUAAAUAUAUCAACAACUAGUUCAGCAUCUGAAUCACCUCAAAAUGUUAUCAAACAUUUUUCUUUCACCAACACGACGCGAAAUAUAAAUAUGGAUUUAUCCUUGUCCUGGGACAUGCCAUGUAACACCAAUGGACCUGUAACGUACUUCGUAAUCGAGGCUUCUAGCUCUUAUUUAUACAAUUCCAACAUCACGUCCAAUAACACUUAUUGGACGUUAAUCGAGCCUCAAACACCACAUAAUCUUACAAUUCCCAAUCUUCUGCCUGCUUCCAGCUAUCACAUGGCAUUGUAUGCCACAAAUUUAUCGAACAGCAGCAUUCCAGGAAAAAACGUUAGUUUUCAAUUUGAAACUAUAGAAAACUACCCAAAUGCUCCGGAAGUCGGGAAACCGCUAAUUAGUGCACGCAAUAUCACGUUUAAUUGGAGUGAGCCUACUAAUAAUCCAGGAAAUAUUACUGGUUAUAAUUUUAACGUUGAUAGUGUUGAACUCGGCUGGAUUCAGACAGAAUCAUGCAAUCUGGAAAACAUGGAAUCAAGGAAUUUCAAAUUACAAGAUACCAUAAUCACAAUCGCUGUUGCACCUGGAGCGAUCUACAAUGUCGCAAUUUCGGCAAACACUUCAAUGGGUCAAGGAAAUUCCACAAAUAUACGAGUGAAUUCCAGCCUGGACCAACCAGAACUUGGAGAUAUUACCUAUAAAAUUGAUCCGUAUGCCGUAGAUGAAGAUCUUUACAAUGUCGGUGGUGUUAUAUAUUUCACUCCGGGCUGCUUCAAUGGCUAUUUUGACUCAUACAUUCUUUCACUUCGUGGGGAAAGAGAUGGUUAUUUUUAUAAUAAAACCACCGUUCUAAUGGAUUACAAAGUGAGCGAAUACGAUUUUUCACUUAGACCAGAACAUAUUUAUACAGUGGCUGUAACAGUCAAAAAUAGGGAGUUUAAUGUUACAAAGUGGACAAAUUUCAGCUCUCCUGCUGGAGUUCCGACGUUUAACGAAGAGAGUUUAUCAACUAUUGAAAUUAACACUACAACGACUGAAGCAUCUCUGAUUUUAAGAAAUGAGUAUUUUAAUAGUAGUUACGGCACUAUUAGGUAUCUGGCAAUCAUUAUUUCGAGCGAAAAUGUAACUGCCGGGAAAACGUAUACAUGGGGAAAUGAGUCUGAGUGGCCAAUACCAGGAGCUGAGGCUGAUAUUUAUUAUCAGGCUACACCAAAAUAUUGGCAACCAUUUGAAGAUUCCGAUUCCGUCGUUUAUGUAAUAGGAACAGACGAAAAUUGCGAAGAACAAACCCAAUUUUGUAAUGCUCCUCUUGUUGCUGAUAAAACCUAUUAUGUGUUUGUUAGAGUGUUUAACUCUAAUUUCUACAGAAACACGAUGCCGAUAAUAAUUGUCACAGAUGCCCUCAGUAAGCUUGGCCUAAUUUUGGGUAUUAUUGCUGGCUUUCUUGCUGCCUCUAUUGCUGGAUUUAUUGGUUUUAUCUUAUGGAGAAGGGGUAUUAUUAACAAUACAAAUAAAAGGAUUGUUGAAGAUUCUAGUCAGGAAACCGAAUCUGAAAUAUCGAUACGCAAUAGCGACCGCGACCCUCUUAUAUCGUUUUUUAAGUCGGAAAAUUCCAACUCAGCAACGGAAAUUCCUAAAUCAAAAUUCAUCGAAUACGUGAACUAUUUGGAACGCAAUCCGGACGUUCUAAACAAACAAUGGCAAGAUUUGGAAAUUAAAAGCCUGGAAGCGUAUGGGGAAUUGAAGAAUCAUUUCGCCUUACUACCAGAAAACAAGCGAAAAAAUAGAUACGUAAAUAUACUUCCGUUCGAUCAUAGUCGAGUGAAAAUCAAUAUAGAUGAAGAUGACGAAAUAUGUUCCGAUUACAUAAAUGCUUCUUAUAUAAAGGGAUUUUCAAAAAAAAAUCAAUAUAUUGCAACCCAAGGUCCUUUGCCUCAUACAGUCAGAGACUUUUGGAAAAUGAUCUUUCAGGAGAACGUUAGUAUGAUUGUAAUGGUUUCUAGAUUCAUCGAAAAUAGGAAGGAAAAAUGUUACAAAUAUUUCCCAAACAACCACGAAACAAUGUUUAUUGGUGACGAUUUAGAAGUUCGAUGUUGUACGGAACUGUAUUUCGAAAUAUAUUAUGUUAGAACUCUCCAAAUACGAAAGGACUUGAAACAACUAACUGUAACUCAUAUGCAAUUCAUGGAAUGGCCAGAUUUUGAUGUCCCUGAUGGGACAAGUAAUUUGUUACUUUUCUGCCAUCAAAUGAGAAGUCGCUGGGCGAAUGAAGGGGGACUGGCAGUAGUUCAUUGCAGUGCUGGAGUCGGAAGAACUGGGACAAUUAUUGCAACCGAUAUUCUGACUCAAGGUCUCGCAACUGAAAAAAGUUUAGAUGUUUUCAAUACAGUAUUAGAAUUAAGAAAAAGUAGGAAAAGCAUGGUUCAGUCUGAGAAACAGUACAUGUAUAUUUAUCAAUUAAUAAAAAGCCUUUUAGAAGAUCCUAUAACUGAAGAUGACGACGAUUCAAAUCAUCUAUAUGCUAAUAUAACAGUGCCAAGCAACCAUAGCAUCGCUAUAGCCGAAAGCCCUUUAUAAGGUAUUUUUAAACUCAAACUAUGAGCCCAAAGUGUGAUUAUUGAUGAAACUGUACAUAUUCAAAAUGCAAAUAGGUAUCGAUGUUGUAAAUUAUUCGCAGUUAAAUUAUAAUUUAAGUAUAUUAAGAUGAAAAAUAUAAAAUAGAACAUU